AUGCCACGUCCGUCCCGCAGACAGCGGAGUACGGCAGACGACGCGCGGCGGACGACGCGAUCACAGCGUGCGCGCUCCCCUGUAUCUUCGGACAAUGAAUCAGAUACGUAUAGCGAUGAGAAGCCUGUCACCCGGCGCCGUGGACGGCGUGUGUCAACGCCGCGCUACGAAAGCACGCCCGUAGAGGACGAGGACGAAGAAGAGGAAAAGCCAGCACGGCGCCGUGGACGCCGUGUCGCGACGCCACGCGAAGAAGGCACGCCGAUGGAUGAAGACGAGGAUAACGAGGACGUGCAGCAGGACUACCAUGUGGAGAAUGAUGCAUUUGUGCUCGACGAAGACGAGGCGGGCGAGAAGAAAAUCGACCCUGAUGGCUACUUGCUCGGCGGCCGCUCCUUCCAUAUUCCCACGAUGCUGCUGCCCGAGCGUAGUGAUCGGCGCCUUUACAUGCUGUCCAUCGACGUAGCUCGCGGCCUUGGAUACCGCGACUCGGGCUACUUUUUCCGCAAAAACCCCCUCAUCCACAAGGUGCUGCUGACGAUGGAGGAAAAAGACCAGCUCAUUGCUGAGGGUCGCAUCAGCUCGGGACUUCGCUCACGCAACGUCACAGCUGUCACGGCGCGCGCCGUGUUCCAGGUCAUCGGUGCACGCUCGAUUGCUCGCGGCCGGAACGUCACCGACGACUACUACGAGGCGCAGGCUCGCGCCGAGGGCAAGAAGGAAGGCACGCUUGCGAUGCAGCCAUCCACGCAAGACUUGAUGUCGCGCCGUGGCGAUCGGCGCCGUGAUUAUGAUCGCGAGCGGCGCCACGGCUCGGAUGCCGCCACAUACACGACCGUCGAUCCACACGGCCAUGUUGUCACCACUACAUUCGGCGAUGCGGGUCAUGCGCCCUUUGAUCGAACAAGCCACUUGACGCAGCGGCGCAACAUGCUCAUGCGGGCUGACAUGUCGGAAGAGAACUGGAUGGCCAUGUACGCCCAGAGUGUGCGUGCUGCGAACGCCGAGCUGCUGGCCGCUCGUCGUGACCGUCUCGUGGCCUUGCCCUCGUCACACAAGCCGAGCGCGCUGGACGAGCAUGUGCUUUGUGAUACGCGGCCGCCUUGGGAGCGAGAGGCGGCGCCCACGACCGACGCGAUGCGUCGUCAUGCGCGUCGGGAGCGUGCGCCGCCUCUCGGCCUGUACGAUCCCCACACACACACGGCGCAUGUGCCCUUCCAUACACAGCCGACGGCUGCCUGGUUCGCCAAGGUCGACGAUGAGCCCCGUAUUCCCGUGCCUUCCGCUCGCCUGGCCCACAUCUAUACGACAGAAACGUGCAUUAUGAUGGGAUCUUAG